AUGACAUCACAUCCUGUAAAACAUGAAUGCACUUCAAUGACAUCACAUCCUGUAAAUCAUGAACGCGUUGCAGUGACAUCAUAUCCUGUAAAACAUGAACGCACUUCAAUGACAUCAUAUCCUGUAAAACAUGAACGCACUUCAAUGACAUCACAUCCUGUAAAACAUGAAUGCACUUCAAUGACAUCACAUCCUGUAAAACAUGAACGCAUUGCAGUGACAUCACAUCCUGUAAAACAUGAACGCAUUGCAGUGACAUCACAUCCUGUAAAACAUGAACGCGUUGCAGUGACAUCACAUCCUGAAAAACAUGAACGCAUUGCAGUGACAUCACAUCCUGUAAAACAUGAAUGCACUUCAAUGACAUCACAUCCUGUAAAACAUGAACGCGUUGCAGUGACAUCACAUCCUGUAAAACAUGAACGCGUUGCAGUGACAUCACAUCCUGUAAAACAUGAAUGCACUUCAAUAACAUCACAUCCUGUAAAACAUGAACGCACUUCAAUGACAUCACAUCCUGUAAAACAUGAAUGCCCUUCAAUGACAUCACAUCCUGUAAAACAUGAACGCCUUGCAGUGACAUCACAUCCUGUAAAACAUGAACGCGUUGCAGUGACAUCACAUCCUGUAAAACAUGACUGCACUUCAAUGACACCACAUCCUGUAAAACAUGACUGCACUUCAAUGACAUCACAUCCUGUAAAACAUGAACGCAUUGCAGUGACAUCACAUCCUGUAAAACAUGAACGCGUUGCAGUGACAUCAUAUCCUGUAAAACAUGAUGCACUUCAAUGA